AUAUAUAUAUAUAUAUAUAUUCGCCUCUAUCUCUCUACCCCCAGAACUGAUGUAUAUUCCUCCCUCCAUUGGCCUCCCGUUCCGCCAGGACCGCAGACACAAAAACAAUAACAAAUCGAUUCGCAAGAGAGAGCAAAUGGGGUGGGGGUCAGGGCAGUUGCCAGGCGAGAGAAGGAUGGCGCUUUAUACGAGGGUUGAAAGAGAUAGGGAGGGAGGGAUCCUAUCUCUCUUUCUCUCUCUCUCUCACCCUCAUCCUCAUCCACUCCCUCAUUCUCUCUCUCUCUCUCUCUCUCUCUCUUUCUCUCUUUCCCUUUGACUCUCUACAUGUACACGUACACAUAGCCCAUACCUUCAUCUCUACCCCGAACUCUGUAGUUCUCUCUUACUCUCUUUCUCUCUCUUUCUCUCUCUCUCUUCUCUCUCUCUUUCUAGAUAUUGUAUAGAGAACGUUAUGCUAAAGUAUGCAUGCACGAGGGUUGGUCCGAUGGUCAGGAAUAUCGCGAGUUCGUUCGUUCGUUCGUUCGUUCAUUCGUUUGUUCGUAAGUACGUUCGUUCGUGCGUUCGUACGUUCGUUCGUUCGUUCGUAGGUUCGUUCCUGCGCCAAGUAUCACGUAACCGGGCAGAUCGCUCUAACAAAGACCGUCGAACGACGUCGUCCAGUAAUUACUGUACCUGCUAAUACUAGAGUUCUGGUAUAAAAGUCUUCCGUAAUGACGUCCGGGCACAGUUGCGGUAGGCCGCCAGAGGGGUGCCCGUAAGAGAAACAUCAAAUCCCUUAAUCCAUCUUCUAAAUUAUUCAAAUUUAAUAACCAAACCCGGGACACAUGUUUGACGUCACAGAUCAUAAUACGGAUGGAAUAUGGGAUUUGGAGUCUUCACGUUGCGGGUGAACUUUGGAGAGACCCACGCCUCGCCCGUAGACAUCAUCCUAUCUUACCCCCAUAUGUGUGUCAAAUAACUCCAAGGACUGCUUUAACUCUUAAUGUUCUAUGUCAAUCUACAACAAAUAUGGUACCAUUGCCGUUAGCUUUAAAUGGGCCAUCGCCCUAUGGCCCUAUAGGAUUAGUUACGAAAUCUUCCGGGAGUAAUAAUGAUUUAGAAUUGGCCAAGGACGAUACUAAUGAGGUCUAUCAUGAAGAAAAUGACGAUGGCGGAGAUGAUAACGAAGUCAACGAAGAUAACAUCGAAAAAUCCGACGAUAAUGAGAAUCAAACUUCUUCUGAACAAAUCGAAACCAACGAAAAUGAAGAGGACGAGGAAAGUGAUACGGGAAGUACAGGAAGUUCGCGUAAGUCAUCUAAUAACAAUUUUCCAACGAAAUUGUUAGAUCCGAUGUCCUGUUUAGGUCUCGACAAGGAAGGUGCGGUAUCACCAGUUUUAAAUGGUUGGGUAUUAGGUGCGUAUACGGCAAUGUUAGGAAGAUUAUCAGCAGCUACUGCGGCAUUAGAGGCUACACAAAUUCCAAACAUACCUUCCGACAGCGAUUCCGAAAGUGAACAUUCUUCUUACACGGAAAGAUCUAGAGGUAGUAGUCCAAAUGUUAGUAACGUACAUCGAGGAUAUUCAUGCGGUUCUUGCGACGUGGUAGCCCCAACUAGGCCAGCUUUAAGGAAACACAUUGCGAAUUGUCAUCCAACGUUAAAUGGUACGGAAAUGAGAGAAUCAAGGAGUUGUCCUGCACCAGGUUGCGAUUUUACAACGAAUAGUAGAUGCGAAAUGGAAACUCAUGUAGCGGCACACGUUGCACAAGGAAUGACACCAACAGGGAAAAAACGUACAUUGGCCUUGCAACGCGUUAGGUAUAGAUACGAAAGGGAGGAAUAUCGAUGCACCUUAUGUUCCUACGCUUGUACGAUCGAAAAAGCUUUCCAAAGGCAUUUGAGGGCACACGCAAGAGGUACCGCACCAGAAACAAGAGUUAGCUGUGCGGUAUGCGGCGCAGAUAGAUCAUCGGAGGUUGAUCUUAGUAGACACAUGAGAAGGCAUCGGGACGAUCGUUACUUUUGUUGCGAUAUUUGUAUCUUCCGUACUGUUCAAUUGAAGAAGUUGAUUCAACAUCGUCGCAUGCACACUGGCGAGAAACCACAUCUUUGUCCGCAUUGCGCAUACAGAAGUGCACGACGUGAUAAUCUACGCAGUCAUGUUAGACGAGUCCACAAGAAAGAGAAUUUAUAUUGCGAUACGUUUAGUCCACGUGGCAUGUUAAUAGCACCAACUAUUAACGAUAAGGAUGACUCAAUCGUUGUACAAACUCCCGCAUCAUCGCCGUCCUCGAAUCCUGACUCGACGAAUUAGUGCAAAACGAAGAUAUUAUUAGUACAAGGGAAAGAACGACUUAGCCUCUUAAUGACUUUCGAUCAGAGAUAAAUAAUUUGUUUAUUCUUUUUUACUUAUUUUUUUUUUCUUUUCUUAUUUUUUUUUCUUUCGUUUUUUUUUUUUAUAACAGGCUAGUGCACGGGGUUGAACUGUGGGUGGGAUAGAACGGGGCGUGGCGGGAUGGAUUUUGAGUGGGGUUGGAUGAUCGGGCCAAAAAUAAGUAAUCCUAAGUGAUCUUUUUUUUUUCUUCUUCUUCUUCUUUUUUUUGUUUUGUUUUUUUUUUUUUUUUUUUUUUUUUUUUUUUAAUAAUAUUAAUCAUGUUUUUGCGAAACUUUUGUAAGCCGAUUUUCUUUUUUUUCUGUUUUUUUUUUUUUACAGAUUGGAUAAAAUUAUUUUUUAAUGAUCGCUUAGGUAUACUCUUUUAGGCCCGCACUCUUCUAACUUUAUAAUGUCUCAUUAAUUAUUUUUUUUUUCUUUUUUUUUUUUUGAAAUCGAUCGAAUAUAUUUUCAAUUACUAAUUCAUUAAAUCUAGCAUGAUAGGAAGAUCUUGAAAGUGAGAAUGGCUGUGAAACGAAGAAUAAGAGGCUAUCGCGAAACUUCGAGAUUAUGAGAAAUCUUUUAUUAUCUUUUUGAAGAUUUUUGAUUUUAUCUUAUUUUCAUCUUCUUUUUUUCUUCUUCUUCUUCUUUUUUACCACAACGUAGAGGAUCAUAAAAAAUUAAUUAUAAAAACUAAACGUUCGUCCAUCUUCGUACUUGGACUUUUUCGUUAUGGUCAGAGAUUGAUAUAAUUAAUUAUAAAUAAAAUUUUUGCAAGAUUCAACAUUUCGAACAAUAUUUUGUCUCUUGCAUAUCUAUAUGUGUAUGUAUACAUAUAUAUAUAUAUAUAUACAUAUAUUUAUAUAUAUAUGUAUAUGUAUAUAUACACAUAUAUUACGUAUCGUACCAAAGCCAAAAAAAAAAAAAAAAAAAAAGAUCAUAAGAUUAUAAACGUGAACGAUUUCAAAACGAUCGAUCUCUAAUCAUAAUCGACACGGAUAUUAUUAGACUAUCAAGUUAAUAUGUGAUUUCUAUAAAUCUGCAUGUGAUCUCAAAUCUUCGAUGAAUAUUCUCAGUGUAAUAAUACCCCCUCGAAUUUUAUUAUUAAAGGUUUAAGAAAAAAUUUAAAAAAAAAAAGAAAAAAAUUAACAAAAAAAAAAUAAAAAAGGAUAAAAAAAACACAUAAAAAAGAAAUAAUAAUAAUGAUAAAUACAAAAAAAAAAAAAAAGCCACUUACAUAUAGACAUUAUUAAGAGCUAAUUAAUUAAUUGUUGUUAUUAAAUAAAACGAAACGAAACGAAACGAAACAAAAAAAAAACGGAUUAAAUUAAAUUUAAUUAAAUUAAAUCAAAUCAAAUUAAAUUAAACAAAUAAAUAAAAAAAAAAGAAAAAAAAAAGAAAAAAAAAUAACGUAAUUAUACAUUCGGUAUUCGAAACGUUUAGUCUCGGUAAUAACGUAAUAAAAUAAAAGCUGCAUAAUGGUGCUAGACUCGUAGACUGGAUCAUAGUGAAAGACUGAUAA